AUGAACGCGAUGGACAUGCUGAUUACCGACUCGGAGGAGGAGGAGGAAGAGGCGCCCAACGUCAAGGUCGUUUGGCCGAAGGCGCCCUCACUGCAGGAGUGGGCCGAAGUGCUGCCUACGGAGGGUGCGCCAGAGACGCCACGGCAGGAGCCCCGUGGGCAGGUGCGGCAGAUUACGCCAGAGGUGCGGCAGGAUGAGGCCGAUCCCACCCGCUUUUGCGUAGAGGGCAAAGAUCGGAGCUGGUUCCUGCAGAAGGGCGGGGUGGUUUUCGACCGGCCCCGCCCGGACAGAUUCCGCCUGGAUGUGACCUUCAGCGGCGGCCUGCAGAGCCGCUUUGGCGAUGACUACGCCGAGCUGAGCCGGGCAGAGCAGUCGGACACCAUCAACUGGCUGGUGGCCGUUGGGGUCGCUAGACAUGAUGCGGUGCUCACAGGCUACAAGGACUGCAAGACCACGGGCUUCUAUUUCAUCUUCCACCUGAACUAUCGGCGGACUCGGUGGCGUAUUGUCGCCUGCCCCCACAACGCUGAGCUGGAGGACCUCAGCGGCCAGCGUUUCUCUUGCGAUCCGCAGGAAGAUGACCAGUUCGAGCUGGACGCCUACGAGGGGCAAACCCUGUCCGUGGAGUUCGCGGAAGGUGAGCUGUUCGUCGCCGAACGAAACCAGCGGCGCGCGCUGGGAAAAUGGGCCUUCAAUGAUGGCAGCACGCGGCUUCCAGACGUGAAGUACUUUCCGGCAGUGCUGACCUCCAACUGCCCCACGUCUUUGACCGCCGUGGUGGCCGCGUGA